CGUAGAGUGAUUUUAAUUCAAAAGCCACGACUCUUAUUUUGAAAGGCACCCGGAAUCACAUGACCCACGUGUCAGCUGUGGACUGUGAACCCAAACAAACAAACCUCUGCAUUCAUGUCCACUUUAGCUAAAGCGAUGUCCAAGUUUCGUCUGGCUGUGGUCCAGCUGCAGGUGACCAGCGUCAAGGCGGAGAACCUGAGCAGAGCCCGGAGGCUGGUGAAGGAGGCUGCGGGACAGGGCGGCCAAGUGGUGCUGCUGCCGGAAUGCUUCAAUUCUCCGUAUGGAACUAGCUUCUUCCCGUCAUAUGCUGAGAGGAUCCCAGGAGAGUCCUCACAGAUGCUGUCGGAGGCAGCGAAGGAGAAUAAGGUGUAUCUAGUGGGAGGAUCCAUCCCUGAAGAGGACGGUGGCAAGUUGUAUAACAGCUGUACAGUGUUUGGGCCCGAUGGACAAAUGAUUCUGAAACACAGGAAGAUUCACCUCUUUGACAUCGACGUUCCCGGGAAAAUCCGAUUCCAGGAGUCUGAGACGCUGAGCCCGGGCAGCAGUUUGUCAGUGUUUGAGACACCGUUCUGUAAAGUCGGCGUGGGGAUCUGCUACGACAUGAGGUUUGCCGAGCUCGCGCAGCUCUACAGCAGGAAAGGCUGUCAGCUGCUGGUUUACCCCGGAGCCUUCAACAUGACGACUGGUCCAGCCCACUGGGAGCUUCUGCAGAGAGGGAGGGCGCUCGAUAACCAAGUGUACGUGGCCACAGCGUCUCCUGCCAGAGAUGAAACUGCUUCAUACGUCGCCUGGGGUCACAGCACUGUUGUUAACCCAUGGGGAGAAGUCAUCUCAAAGGCCGGACCAGAGGAGGCUGUAAUUUAUGCCGAUAUCGACCUGCAGUACUUAGCCGACAUCCGGCAGCAGAUCCCGAUCACAGCUCAGCGUCGCAACGACAUCUACGCAGUGACGUCUACGCAGAAAGGGUCGAGCUGAGCGCUGAGACUCUGAGAGAGAGAAAGUGUGAAACACAAACUGUGCAGCAGAUCACUGCUCCUCUGAGUCGUCUUCUCCCUGAAGCACAGGACUUAAUUCGUGUGGAAACAAGAGAUGCCAACAUGUUUGGGCAACCACAACACUGCGCACUUCUUCAGGAUCAAACUGUGAUUUUAUUUUGUGUAUAUCCGCUGCUGAAAUUAAGUAGCUGAUCAAUAGAAAAUCUAUUUUUUACAUCAUUUAUUAAAAUAGAAAAUCAACAUUUUCUGGCUACAGCCUCUUAAAUAUGAUGAUCUACAUCCUUUAAUCUGUUACAUCUUAUUGUCAUAUUUUCUGCCAUGAUGAAAAUCAUGAACAGAUUUACAGUAAUAAAUUGAAAUAAAAAACAUCGUCAU